AUGAUCAUGACAAAGAAUCGGAUCCUUCCUCAUCAACAACGAGAAGGCUUCUCCUUUGAUGAUAUCAUCAAUGAGAGUGAAGAUUACUUUUCAAAAUUUGGUUUGGCACGACCACCACAAAAUACUAAUACCGAUCAAGAUACUGCGAGUGAAUAUUCCAAUUUAUUGAAUCGGAGCAAGCCUCCUUUAUCAAGACAAAAACGAGUGUUCCGAAAUUUGAUCGGAAUCAUUAUUAUUUCUUCAUUUAUUUGUGGAUGUGUAUUGCUUGCUGUUGGAUUAUUAUUGGGAGUUUUAAUUAAUAUUGGAGUGGUGGAUGCGUUUUGUAACAUUCUAUUUGAGUUUAAAAAACAAGCACCAUUGGAUGCUACAUUUAUUUUCGAAAAGAUUAAAACACAGGCAUCGACAGCUCCUUAUUAUUUGGCCUAUGCUUUUAGUAAUAAUUUCACGAUUGGAUGUUACUAUCGGCCGAAAGUAUUUGGGGAUGUGGCAAAAUUGAAUUUCAUCAUAUUUGAGGGCGAUGUGAACAAAAUAUUUGUCAAUGCAUCCUCCUACUCUGAGAAAGGACAAGCUUUCGAUUUUGGACAAAAUUAUCUGAAUAUCAAGUCGCUCAUGGACAAGACGGGCCUUGAAAGAGAUUAUUUACAAACCAUUAUCAGUGGAUGUCGAUAG